CCUCAGAACUCCAGUGAACCACAAAUAGCUAAACCAGCAAAGGCCCCGAAAACCACUGAGAACAGGCUAUCCAAGCACGCAAAUCUUGAAUUAAUCGAACCAAGAAUCCUAGUUUCGAUCAACAGGAACUACCUAGUGUAUGGAAGGAAACUUGGUCGACCUCCUGCAAAUCACUUGGUGACGAUAGUCAACCACGGUGAACAUCCUGUCGCCUUCAAAGUGCUUACUACGGACAAUUAUGCAUAUUUCGUCAAUCAAGUGUUUGGUGUUAUACCCGGCCGUCAUCUACACGCGAUACCCCAUAUCCGUGCACCAAACCAGUUCACCCUUCAGGUGAAUCGAAGGCCGUACAACUGUUUCUGUGACGAACAACAACCAUCGCAUUGGAAUACACCUAGGAAAGACAAGCUGUUCAUACUGCUGGCGCCGCUGUUCUCAUUCAAUAUUGCUCCGGAAUCUCUCUUCCAUCAUGAGAACCCAUAUGAAAAGCUGCGAAUAUGCCUCGAAUAUACAGGAAUGCCCGUGGAUCCCAAGAAAGGUGGUUCAGCAGAUCCAGUGGUCCACUUGUGGCAGUUAAAACUUUCAGAAUAUAAGAAGAAGGUAGAAGAACUAGGGAAUUUAGAUUGA